CUUCACACUGCCUGAAUCUUCCAAGCUGCCUGCAGUAACCAGCAUGUUUCUGGUCUCGCUCUGUGUGCUCAGCAUCAUCGUUCAAACGCAAGCAAUGGCCAUAAACCAAACUCCCAAGUUUGACCUCCAAGAAAUACUUCAUCCUAAAAUACUGCAUUAUUUACCUAGAAGAGGAGUAGAGAACAACCAGACAGAGAAACAUGGUAAAGAGGAAACUGAUCUACAUGAAGUUCAGUAUCAGCUUAGAUUAAAUGGAGAAGAAAUCAUUCUUCACCUACAAAAAGCUAAGCAUGUCCUGGGGCCAGAUUACACUGAAACAUAUUACUCACCCAGAGGGGAUGAAAUAACCAGGAGCUCUCAGAACAUGAAACACUGCUACUAUGAAGGUCGCGUCCUGAAUGAAAAGGAUUCCACUGCCCGCAUUAGCACCUGUGAUGGCCUGAGAGGUUACUUCACACACCGUGGCCAAAGAUACCUGAUCAAGCCUCUGCGGAGAGCCGACAGGAGCGAGCACGUGGUCCUGACCUACAAUCAGGAGGACCCGGACAUGGCAAAUCGCAUGUGUGGUGUGAGAAGAGUUGGCGGGAAACGAGGCCAUCGGAGAACGUCUAGGUCCCUCAAAAGCGUGAAGCCAGAAGACUUUCUUCAGAGGCAGAAGUACGUUGGUCUCUUUUUGGUGCUGGAUAAUGCCUUUUACAAGCUAUAUAACGGGAAUGUCACUGUAAUGAGAAGCUUUUUGUUUGAUGUGAUGAACCUGCUCAACGUGAUCUAUAACACUUUAGAUAUUCAAGUGGCCUUGGUAGGUAUGGAAAUCUGGUCUGAUGGUGACAAGAUCAAGGUGGAACACAGCAUAGACAACACAUAUAGGAAUUUCAUGAAGUGGCAUAGUUCUACCCUGGGGAAAAAGAAGAUCCACGGCCACGCCCAGCUUCUCAGUGGAAGAGGCUUCAACCUUCGACGUGUAGGAAUAGCAUACCCAAAUUCCUUGUGUUCCUCCAUUUCAAUUUCUGUCAUUGAGGCUAGAAAUAAGAAUAGCCUGGCUCUUGUAGGAAUGAUGUCCCAUGAGCUGGGCCACGUCCUUGGCAUGCCUGACAUUGCACUUACCACCCAGUGUCCCUCUGGCAGCUGUGUGAUGUAUCGAUUUCUUAGUUCAAAAUUCCCAAAGGAUUUUAGUAAAGCCUGCCGCUCACGUUUUGAAAAAUACCUCCUAUCUCAAAAGCCAAAGUGCAUCCUCCAAGCGCCCAGUCCUGAACACAUAAUGACAAAACCGGUGUGUGGGAACCAGCUCCUGGAGGUGGGAGAAGACUGUGACUGCGGCUCCCCUGAGAAAUGCGCCGACCUCUGCUGUGACGCCCUCAGCUGCAAGCUUAAAAGCGGGCCCGACUGCUGAGGAGACGCAUCCGACCACCACACAAAACGAAUCACAGUCUAUUUCACUGAGAAGCAACUUUGCAAGACUCAAGAACUUUGAUCAUGCCAAACAUCUUGUAUUUUCACCUCAGGGGCUUCUCUGUGUCUUGGUUUCUGUAUCCACGGAUUCAAUCAACCACUGAUUGAGAAUAAUCACUUCUGUACUGAACACAGGGAUUAGUGCCUUAUCAGUAUUUUCUUUAAAAAUCAGCAUUCCAACUAUUUUUCAUAGCAUCUUGUAUUAGGUAUUAUAAGUAACCUAGAAAUGAUUUAAAGCAUAGAGCAGAAUGUGUGUAUGUUUUAUAUAAAUACUGUGCCACUUUAUAUAAGGGACCAAAACAUCCAUAGAUUUUGGUAUCUAGAGAGUCCUGCACAAAAUCCCUGCACAUAGUAACAGAUGUUUUUCACCAGUCAUUUUCCUCUCUAUUUUUGUCAACCAACUAUUAAGUGGAUGUAGCUUGAAAAGUUGUUUAUAUAGUUAGACCUAAUCACGAAUGUGUUUCUGAGAAGUAUAAAACUGUAACUUUCACUAAAAUAUCUCAAAAUUGGCUGGGCAGGUAGCUUGGUGUUCUAAGUGCCUGCCCGGCAAGCUCAAGGACCCACGUUCGAUCCCCGG